ACUCGUGAACAUCGUUAAAAAAAUACAAAUUUAUUGAUAGUCAAUUAGACAACAGUUCGACUUAAAAAUAUUUUUGGCGCAGAAAUUGAUAAGGAGACUCGAACAAAGCACUUCAAGCCUAUAAAUACUAAAAAAAAUGAGUGUUACAAUAACGCAGCAAUUCAAUACGGACAAAAAAAGUUCCGAAAAAAUCUCUCGUACCCAGUAUUCCUUGAAAGAAGUUUCCAUGCAUGACAGUUGGGAAGACUGCUGGAUCAUCAUCUACGAUCGCGUUUAUGAUAUAACGAAAUUUCUCGAGUUGCAUCCCGGUGGCGAUGAUUUGCUCAUGGAAUACGCAGGACGUGAUGCUUCGUUAGCUUUUCGUGGCACGGGACACUCGCAGGAAGCAACAAACAUGUUGAAGCAAUACGAAAUUGGGGAAUUAGUGCCACACGAACAAAUUUACCGAUGCGAAAGUGGAAAGCUGAGCUUCACGGAGACUUUUAUUCUCUGAGAGAAAGAGCAAUGCACCCUCGUGACAAGACAAUUCGUAUUAAUUUUGAUAAUUUUUGUUUUAAUUAAGGAAAUUCCGAUUGUACCUGACUGAUUAUUCGGUAACGUCAGAACUUGUUACACUCAGCGGAAGAUAAUAAAUUUUAAGUUAUUUAUUUAUUUUUUGAAUUA